CAUCUGCCCCGCGCCGAGCACCGCCGCCGCCGCCGCCGCCGCCGCUCCGCUGCCCGCGCCGCCCGCGGCUCCCGAUGGAGACUGACGCGCCCCAGCCCGGCCUCGCCUCCCCGGACUCGCCGCACGACCCCUGCAAGAUGUUCAUCGGGGGACUCAGUUGGCAGACCACGCAGGAAGGGCUGCGCGAGUACUUCGGUCAGUUCGGGGAGGUGAAGGAGUGUCUGGUGAUGCGGGACCCCCUGACCAAGAGAUCAAGGGGUUUCGGCUUCGUCACUUUCAUGGACCAGGCGGGGGUGGAUAAGGUGCUGGGGCAAUCGCGGCACGAGCUCGACUCCAAAACAAUUGAUCCUAAGGUGGCCUUUCCUCGACGAGCACAGCCUAAGAUGGUGACUCGAACGAAGAAGGUCUUUGUGGGGGGCCUCUCGGUGAACACCACGGUGGAGGACGUGAAACAGUACUUCGAGCAGUUUGGGAAGGUGGACGAUGCCAUGCUGAUGUUUGACAAAACCACCAACCGGCACCGAGGGUUCGGGUUUGUCACUUUUGAGAGCGAGGACAUUGUGGAGAAAGUGUGUGAAAUCCACUUCCAUGAAAUCAACAACAAAAUGGUGGAAUGUAAGAAAGCUCAGCCUAAAGAGGUGAUGUCGCCGACGGGCUCCGCACGAGGGAGGUCUCGAGUCAUGCCCUACGGAAUGGACGCCUUCAUGCUGGGCAUUGGCAUGCUGGGUUACCCCGGUUUCCAAGCCACGACCUACGCCAGCCGGAGUUACACAGGCCUGGCCCCUGGCUACACCUACCAGUUCCCUGAAUUCCGUGUAGAGCGGACCCCUCUCCCGAGCGCCCCAGUCCUCCCCGAGCUUACAGCCAUUCCUCUCACGGCGUACGGACCGAUGGCGGCGGCGGCGGCAGCAGCAGCUGUAGUUCGAGGGACAGGCUCUCACCCCUGGACGAUGGCUCCCCCUCCAGGUUCGACUCCCAGCCGCACAGGGGGCUUCUUGGGGACGACCAGCCCUGGUCCCAUGGCCGAGCUCUACGGGGCCGCCAACCAGGACUCGGGGGUCAGCAGUUACAUCAGCGCUGCCAGCCCCGCCCCCAGCACCGGCUUCGGCCACAGUCUCGGGGGUCCCUUGAUUGCCACAGCGUUCACCAAUGGGUACCACUGAAGCAGGAGACAGGUGACAGGAGCACCCCGGCCUGCAGCUGCCUGAGGACCACACGUGAGCCAGCCGGGGGAUAGCCGCCUCAGCCGCAGGGACUUGGACCGCUACUGCCUGCCCUCUACCCCCUGGGGCCCCUGGCCCUGCCCCGCCACCCCCGGACACCGUCUGGCUCCCUACUAACCUCCCUCUCUGCCCCCCCAGCCCGCCCUGGCCUUGCUUUUAUUUAUUUUGGAUUAGCCGGUUGCCCCCACCCCUGCUCUCCCUCCUGGGGUCUGCGCCCCUCGCUCCUGGCUUCCCCUCUUAGCACCCCCGCUCCCCAGAAGGCUUUUGUACUUGUGCAGAGCGAGCGAGAGGGCAGAGGGGGCAGAGGGGCCUGCACCAGGCCAUAGCCCCACCCAUUUGUGUUGUUUUGUUUUGUUUUGUUUUGUUUUACUCUGAUUUUCCCUCCUUGUUCCUUGUUUUGGUUUUUUUGGUUGUUUUCUUUUGUUUCUUUCUUUUUUCCUUUUGGCUAUUUCUAGGUUUGUGAAUGUGAAGCCCCAGAUCACAGGGGGCCAGGGGCCAGGGGCCCCCCACCAGCUGAGAACAAAUGUGUCUGUGAGUGGGGUCCUUGGCCCCCUCCCUCCAUUUCUGGAGAGGAGGACAGGGCUGUAGGCCAGGCCGAGCCCCUGGAAUCAUCCUGUCCUGUAUCAUAUGUAAAUACUGUGAGGUGAAGCCCCCCCAUCCCUCUCUGAGACCCCUGGGUGGCUGGAGGCAUCGCCCUGCCCAGCAGUGGUCUCCACGUUUCUGCCCCCUCCUCAGACACCGUUACUGUAAGCUUGCAGGCCUCAACCGUGGCCAAGGCAGGCCUUCUCUCUCAGGCCCUAGGGGUCAAGGCCUUGGACCUGCUCCCCGAAAAACCCAGAGUAGGGGUAGGGGGCGAGGAAAGAGAAGGGCCCGCCCAGGACCACUGCUGGAAAGGAAUUAACUCUCCAAAGGUCUCCUCAAACCCCCAGCCAAGGUUGGGCCUUCACUGUUCUGCUCUGAGCCCCACCCCCCACCACCACCACUGUGAGUGGGCCUCAGGAGGCGCUUUGGGAUGGGGCGGACCCCAGGGGAAAGGAAAGGGCUUCUCAGGGAACCCCCACACUCUCACUGAAGUUUCCCACCAGGAAGGUCCCAUGGCCAGAGCCCCUGGGCAGCCCAAGGCUCAGAGGCAGACUCUUGAUGCGCAGGGAGGCCUCGCCUGGUGUCUGGUGGCGGGCCGAGGGCCAGCGGACCCUGUCCUGCCCACACACACCCUGUGUAUCCUCAGGUCUGAGGCUGGGGACCUGAGCUCCUUUCCCUUUUAAGCCCCACUUUGGAGAGUUAAUUGUCUGUGAGGUGCUUAAUCCUGUUAGCCCUGAGAACACAAAAGCAAUAAUCUUUGUUACUGAGAUGUGCGGCUGUUCCUGGUGUUUUUUUUUUUUUUAAUUAUUGUUUUUUUUUUUUAUCUUUCCUAAUAAAAGAAAAGCUGCAUUUUAUUGGUUUAUUUUUAAUUUUCUACACAUUUGAGCUAAGUCCUGAGAGACUGAGCUCCUCUUUGCUCCCCUUUCCUGGACCCCACCCCACACCUUCACAGGCCCCCACCCCUGGGAUCAGGGUCCUGGAAUUCCGUUUUCUGAUUUGUUUGGGGAAUUUUGUAAAAAAAAAAAAAAAAAAAAAAAAAAAAGAAGAAAAAAAAGAAAAAGAAAAAAAAAGAUGUUACAUGGUGUUUUGAGGCCAGCAAGUUACCACUCUCCGGUGUCUCUUCUCUCCACAUCUGUAACUUCUUUUUUCCAGGUUUUAUUUUCAGUUUUAAAUUCCUAAUAAAUUAUUUGAAAACGGUG